AUGCGAUGCAUAGCUGAGUAUGUGAUAAGUGCAGGCAUGCGGAUGAACCAGCCACUAAUUGACAUGCUUGUUGAGAAUCACUAUGCCGACUUGUUUGCAGAGUGCUCUUGUGUGUUCCAUAUCUGUCAAGGGUUUCUUUGGUAUGCAUCUACGAAGGUUCUGGAAGUGGAUGAGAACUCGGUUGCAGUGCAUGGAUCUAAGAUGUUCGUAAUGCAAGAAACAUUGAAGGUUUAUGAGUUGCCGCUGCAUGGAUUGGUAAGCAAAUCACAGGCCUGCAUUAAUGGCUCAGAACUUGUUUGUGGCCAAGAUGGAAGGAGAUACACGCUUCCGCCUGGACUCUGCUUUGAAGCUCUGAGCGUGCUCGCUGAUGAGCAGAACGUAUGGAUCUGGGUAAAGCAAAAGCACAAUGGAAAGGAUUGUCUAGUGCAGCAUCUGUAUAGCAUCGAUGGCAUGUUGCUGCAUGAAUGCAGUGUGAAGAUGUAUUGCAACUGCUCAAAUGACUUUGCAAUGGUUGGAGGCAUUUGUGUUCGAAGCGAGUUGAGUAUAUGCAUGCCUAUGAUGGUACGUAGUAAGAUUGUUGCAAAGCAGGCAUUGAUGGUGGCUUUGACACCGGAUAUUGUCUACAUGGAAUAUGCAGGACGGAUAAGUUCAAAAGCAUACGAUGCUGUGGUGUAUGAUAUAGAUACUGAUGUAUAUGAGAUGCUUGCGCUUGACAAUGAUGUUGAUUUGUUUGAUUUGUACAUGGCUGUGCUUAUACAGCCCGAGAUUGGCGCAUGCAUUGAUCCUACAGAGUGUUUGAUUGCAGAUGCAACUGAUGCAACUGAUGCCAUGAGCAUGCACUUACAGGCGAAGAUAGAGAAGCAUCUUUUUGAAGAAUUCGUGCUUGGAAGCAUGGGCGAUAGGAUGGUAGCAAGUAUGGUUAGAAAGUAUGGCAAGCAUGCAAUGGAGAUGGUUCUAUGCAGACUUUAUAGAAAAGUCGACGACAAGGGGAAGCAGAUGCUUGAGCAAUGGGUUCGAGAUGUGCAAACACUCGAUGCAUUGAAACUCAUUGUGAUCUACUUUCCUGCAGAGAUUGCAAGAUACAUCCAGAUGUGUAUUGAUGGGAAGCGAGAGCACGAGAUUUAUGAUCUAAUUGAGCAUUACUGGGGAAGUGCCAUGAUGGAUGCUCUUUCGAGUGUUUUGCUUGAAAAAAACUGCUUGUAUCAUUUUUGCAUGUGCAAGCCCGAGUACGGCGCGGUGUUUGGCAACUUUGCAUUGGUAGAGAAGUACAACAUCCAGGCACAGAGGAAUAAAUGCAUUGAGGAACAUUUGGGGUUGAAUAAAGCAAAAGCUAACCCUGAGGUAGCAUACAGAAAGACGAACGAUGAAAGGCAAGCAUUAUGA